CUCGGCUUCUUCUUUUGCUACCUGCCGCACUCUCCAAAACUUCACGGCGGGCUCCGUCUCUCGUACUCUCCGCCAUGAACAUACGGUCACCGCCUCCGUCCUGACACUCCGUCCGCCCGGCCAAGGAUCAUAGGACGACUGUUCUGCUUCCAUGUGUAUCGCAGUCCCGGCGUUGCAACCUCUCACCGUCGACUCUCACCAUGUCGGGACCUGAGAAUGGCAAUUGGCCCUCCGCCAAAAGGGGGCUGCCCUUUCGACCACCGACGGUGGACGAGGCGCUACCCUAUUCCCCCUUCACCUCCAUCGUCCCAUUCUCCUCCGAUGUCAUACCCUUCCCAUCCGCCGAGCCACCAACGCCGCCCUCGACCCUCACCCCAGAACAGCGGAGCACGGCAAAACGAUCAGUCCAGAUUCUGAAUGAGGAGGCACGAGCUUCGCCAGUUUCUCCGCAUCUGCAGCAUACUCUUCGUAAACUGCAGGGCUUUCUAGACCCGGAUGAUUUGACUCAAUUCCGAUUCAAAUCCACUACAUCUCUCUCGCCGUCCUCGUCGAAUAGUGAGACCGCCACGCAGCCGAAUGCUACCAUGUCAUUGAAGCCUACUCUCAGUCCAUUUGCCAGUAUGCUGCUAGAAGGUAGCGAAGUGUCCUUCAUCUACCCCGGGCACACGGCGCCAACGCAGCCUAAGCAGGGUCGGGUCUCCAACGGACAACCCACCCCUCCUUCUACUUCGCGGGCGACGUCAAAUUCCCAGCCAGUCGGGACUAAUGGCAUGGUCAAAGUUCACCCCACAAGUGAUACCCAGCGAUCCUCUGUGCAGCGGAAUGGCACAUCUGCUCCACUGCUCCGUCCGGGGGCGGCAGUGGUCGUAAAGCCGCUUCCAGGAGCCGUCCGUCCCGAGGAGUAUCGCCGCUUUGAUGCGCCUGAGCCGAGUCAUCCAUCUGAGAAAAAGAAACAGCCGGCAGACAACGGAGCUUCGGCUCUAAGUGCCCGGGAGCGUGAGAUAGCCGAUAGAAAUAUGGCUGAUCUCAGUGCUCUCUUGGAAGAGCUCUCGGAGGCCGGGGAUACCGACUGUUUUCAGAUCAUCGAUACGGAAGAUGGCGAGCUGACAGUCAUCCGCGAUGAUGCUCUCGCCAAGCUUUCAGACGCAGUGUCCAGAGUCGUUAACCUAGGCUGUUUUUCGUCCGUUCCCAUACAACAAGUGCUGUCAAUUCAGUCACUUUGCCAACCGUUGAUUGCAGCCACCGGCCAACUCUCCUUCGACCUCGAACUGAUAGAUCCGGAGAUCAUCGUCGAACGUCUCGCAAGCGCACAGGCAGGGUUGAGGGCGUGCAAGCUGGUACUUCAAACCAUGACCGAGGGUUGUGAUGACCGCCAGAUAUGCUCAGAGGAUAUCAUCCAAUGCGUCGUCCGUCUGCUCAAACUUGUUUUGAACUCGUGCAUCAUUCCGGUCACGGAAUCUAGGCGGACUGGCACGUUGUCGGCCUUGUUCGCCUUGGCGUCUCAACAUCGCAGUGAUGUAUAUCCUCUGCAGCGCCUUUGUGGGAACAUACUCAGUCACAUUGCCACUCUGAUUGGAAAGGUCAAGUUAAGCGAGUCUACAUUGAGUCCCAUUGAAUCACUAUCUAUUGACAUUAUCUUCGCCCAAAACAGCGAUAAGGAGGCAGACUCGGCGCUGGGACUACAAAAAUUUGAACUAUUCCGACAGAAGGCGAUGGAUGUUUUGGCGCAAAUCUGCGCGGGCAACCAGGAACAGCGUCUCUCCAUCACUGCCGAAAUCCUGAACAACUUGGAGCGGUUACCAGAUAAGAGGGCCAGCGCCAGACACUUCAAAUCGGCCCGUGAACAGCCAAUAAUGCUUGUCUCCGCUCUCUUCAUGCGCAUUAUCCAGGCGGCUGCCAUCAAUACCUUUCCAAAAGGAGGAAGCAUGUUACCAAACACAUCUGAGUCAGACGAAGACGAUGGGGAUGCCGAAAGUGACUCGGAGUCCGAUUACCGGUCAAAGAUGAAAAAGCGGGCCAACAAACACGCCAAUACCAUUCAAAUAGCAAAGCAGAUAGGUGUAGCCUCUCGACAGGCAGCUGGCCAUAUCGCGAGCACGCUUGUUGCUCGAGCAGAGAAGGUCUCUAAAUCUGGAGACAAACCCUUCCGCAAUCUCCUGGACCUUUUUAUUGAGGACUUGUGUACUGUUUUGGGGUCACCAGAAUGGCCGGCUGCAUCACUCUUCCUCGAAUCAUUGCUCAUUCUCAUGCUAAAUAUCAUCCGCAACCAGAAGGAGAAGGGCGUCCAAGCUGCGGACAUGGCGCUGGCAACCGUAGGCGUCAUGGGAGUUGGAAUUAUCGAUUUCACCACUCGCUUGAGGCACCUCAAACGAAGUCUCGACGUCUCUCAGUCUGAAGUGGCCAGCCAGUUGGUUCCUCUGGCCGACGAGGCGCUCAAACGAAGCAUAAACUUCAAGGAUGUCCUCGCAGUGAACGGCCCGUACCGCAUCGUGCUCGAGUCGUUGUCAAGUUAUCUAGGAUCCCAGAGUUCACGUGCCAAUCGCGACGACCAACACCUGCGAUCUUUGAGUGGUUACUAUGUUACUUCUUGGGCGAAUGCGUUCGACGAAGCACUCGGGAAGGAGCAGGCCGAGGCUCCUCGCUCCAGCUUCUUCGUUGACCUCGGGACCCAUCUCCAGUCUGUCCUCGCAGACCCCAACUGGUUGGCUAAAGGAUGCAAAUUCCACAACGUGACAGACGUGGAGAGCCGAUUAGCCGCCGGCAUCAUUACUUCACAAGAGCGAUUUUGCCAGUACCUACAGCCUUUGAUCUCAUGCUUGCUUCGCAGCACCCAAAACCAUCAAGCCAAAGUGAAAUCACGUGCCAUGAGCUGUUUAACACAGCUGAUUGAAAAAGACCCCCAGAUUCUUGAUGAUAAGUCGUUCCCCGCUCUGGCGAGUCUUAUAGGGGAUAGCUCACCCAUGGUUCGUGAGAAUGCCCUCACGCUGAUAUCGAAGUGUUUGGAACAAAAUCCGUCGUUGGAGCAUCACUGCCUUGCAGGGAUUCUUAAUCUCAUGACCGACCCCGCGGUCGGGCCGAAGAGAAAGGCCAUCAAAUUGUUGAAGGAUAUCUUCAAAGGUUCCAGUGCAAUAGAAAAGAAAAUCAGGAUUUCUACGGAGCUCCUCCUUCCGAUCGGCGACGACGACAAGACCAUUGCUGAUUUAACACGGCAGACCCUGGAAGAAAUCUGGGUCGAACCGUUGCGAUCCUCUGGAAAUUCACAUGACAAUCAAUCGAAGUUUGCGCGAGAAAAGCAAGUAUCCUUACUAGUAGCCACGGUGCAGAAUGUUCAGGCGCGGCCUGCCCAUCUCCAAGCAUUUGAGACGUUCUUCACGGCACUCCUUUCACCUACGACCAAGAACGCAGCAGACAGCUUCAAGAUUUGCAAAGAUUUGGUGGCUGAUAUGGUCGAAGGCGUCAUCAGCAGUGAUUCCGACACUACAGAGAAAACGCAGCCGAGGUUCCUGCAGACGCUGAGUAUCUUUGCAAAAGUAGACCCGCGACUGUUCACUGCGGAUCAGGUGCAGCUCCUGAAACUGUACGUGAAGAGCCUCGCCACCACUGAGGAUUUGGCUGUCUUUCGUCCGACUGUUACUAUUUUUCGCUAUGUGUUUCCGGCUCUGUCAACAUUGCAGGAAGCUUACCUGGCGGAGGUGCAAGAUUCCCUCAAUAAAGUCACAGGCAAAUUAGCAUUGCAAGCUGCACAAGGAAAUGCCAUGUACAAGCAAACCCUCCUCGACAUCGCUCACUGCUCGUGGACCAUUUCCCCUCUUGUCAAGGGAGAUCCGCCUCGUGUCAAGUCGGGGCUGGAGAAGUUGACGAGCAUGAUUUGCUCUGUUGUCACCCAAUUGGAGCCCCUGAGCACCAUUCCGAAGGACAGGAUGGAAGCGGCUGAGAAACGCAUUCUGUCUUACAUGAUCCUUUUGGGUACAUUUGGCAAAAUCUGUGAUUUCGACGAACACGUGGAAUUAUUCAAAGCCAACCUGGCGCGAUUGAUCCAAAUGAGCAUUGCAGGCAAGAAGGCUUCGGCGGAACAACUGAGGCGCCUCACCGCAUGGAAGGGUCCGUCUGUUGCCGUGCUCCUUUUGGAUCUUAUUCUUCCUUUCACCAAGCAGAGCUGGGAUAUAACGAUCCGUCAACAGGCCCUCUGCAGUAUUGGCGAAAUUUGCCAGCAAAAGACGAAACAUUUCACUCGCGCCGAUAUUGAGAAGGCGUUCAAGCUCCCUUUCAUCAAUGGAGACGACAGGCUUAUCGGGGUGGUGCUCACACAGUUUCGAGACUUCUUACACACCGCGGAGCGCCGGUCAGAAAGCGGUGCUGAGAUUGCUGUUGGUGAAGGAGCCGUACAUGGAGCUGAACGACUGGAAACCUCCUUCUCCGCGAGCGAUAACGAUCAUGCAACGACUCACAUUGCACGAACGUUCCUACCCAACAUUACAAGUACUGCACUCGGCAAAGCUAGGGAUUUGGCAAAUACUGCAACUGAGAUCCUUGUGAGCAUCAGUCGACAGGGACUUCUCCAUCCCAAAGAAUGCGGUGCUGCUCUUGUCGCCCUUAGCACAUCCCUCUUUCCAGAGAUUGCCCUCAAAGCAUCCGCAGAACACCGGAAAAUCCAUCUGCAGCAUGAGACCAUGUUUGAGAAGGAGUACGUUGCGGCUAUCACACAGGCGUUCGAGUACCAGAGAGACAUUCUCAACAGUCCUCACGGAAUGAUGGAAUCUGGAACCAGUUUCAAGCCGAAGAUGCACUUCCUCUUCGAUGCUUUGAAACAGGGCUCACGGAAGACGCUGAAGAAGUUCAUCACUAAUCUGCUUAAUCAACUCAAUUUUGAGCUGGACAAGCUGAAGAUUCCCGACGACACCAUACCAGAGGCCGUUCUAUUCGCCAGAUUUUGUCUUGAGAAUCUCGCCUUAUUUGACUACGCCAGGCUCGACGAGGUCAUACAUGUUAUUGUGUCCAUCGAGAGCAUCGUACUCAAACAGACUGGCCCGGCUGUCGCGCUGGCUAUUGAGACGGAGUUACCAGAACAACAAACGGAGCAGCACCCUCAACCGGUGUCCGACAGCACUAUCCCCGAUGGUCCAUCACAGGCCUCUGGCAGGCCUUCUGUUACUGCCGCGCGUCUGCGACAAAUCACAUCUGGCUCUAUGAUUUUGUCCAUGAUGUGGGAAACGCGCUUGUUCCUCCUGAAAGUGUUCAAUCUACAGGAGAAGUUUACCGCGAACGACCUAAAGAAACCUGCGAACAAGUUCCAUUUGAUUAACCCAAAGAUAAUCUGGGACCGUUCUACAGGCUUGAUGACGGCCCUUGACACGCCCGAAGCCAUGAGAAAGCAAUGUCAGGAUUUUACUGAAAUCAUCAACGUGGACAGGGAGCAUGCCGUUGCGGACGAAGACGCAGACGGAGGCGAGCAGCUGGCAAAAGCAGCCGCCGGCUACGAGACUCCGGAAGAGAUGGACGAUGGCGUGUCCGCUGCCCCUUCAAGUGGGAAGGGUCGCAAGAGGAAGAGCAGUGCCGGUCUAGGCGGAAGUACACCCAAGAAGGCGAGAGGCAGGGCAGCCGGAAGUAAAAAGGCAAAAGGGAUUUCCAAAACUCCUGACGGGUCGGAUUAGCGGCAGGCCGACCAACCGUUCUGGCUUGGGGACACUGUUGGAGAGUGCGCUUGGUGUGGAUACUUGACUCCGGCUGGGGAUCUCGAAGAAUUGCCCACUUCUAUCGCGGAGUUUCUCUGUCUUUCUCUCUACCAUCUGGAACUUUUCAUGGAGGAUCUGGCGUUACAUGUUUAUGGUCGGUGGCCGCAUAGAGAUACCCAUUUCCUUGUCGAAGCAUUUCCGGGUGUAUCUGAUGAACCCAUCUUGAUCAAAUAAACUCAUGAUCAGUUAGCGCAUUAGAUACAGGCG